CAACUCCCCAACGAGACGAAUAUCUACGACAGGUUCACUCGCUGCAGGCUGUGUGAGUUGCGACCGAAUAUGUCGGCAGACUCUGGGGAUUUCCCCCUGGUAGCUGUGGCGAGUGGAGCGGGAGCCGCAGGGCUGACUCUGUUACUGGUGGUUGCCUUAGUUCCAGUCGUGUUCUACUGCUGCUGUCGCAAAAAGCAUCAAAAAAUUCCACCUGUCAGCAAAACUAUCAAGACGACAACCACCAAGAUGACGUCAACUGCUGACCAACGAGAUCUAUCUUCCACAGCGCAGCAUACAGGGUCUGGCAAAUUUGAGAGGGUGGAUACUGUCCACUACUAUGACCACAUCAACACUCAGUCUUCCAGCAAAGAGUCACAAGAGAGACCUCCCGCACCGCUCCCUCCUCCGAUAUACGCCACUGACAACCUAACAACCAACGUAUCCUAUGAUAGUGCCCCCCCUCGUCAAGAUCAAAACGAGCACUACAACAUUCCCUCCACUCUACCCCGUCCUUCAGCCACCGCAGCUGUACUGAACCCAACAGAUGGGAAAUCAGAGGAUGGAACAGGGGAGGAGUACAUUUCUAUGGUACCCAAUCCUGCACAUGGUACCAAAACUAAUUCACAAAUGGUGAUGUACAUCUAAUGAGCA